CGAAGUCCGAGGAGGACUCGAGACGUGUUUGAGACAGAAAUUGUGUUAUUUUAGAACUUCAAACAACAAAGACUUGAUAAUUAAUGAUUCUGAUUAUCAUUCUGAUUAUUAUUUAAGUCUGUAUUUUUAACCCAGCUAUUAUCCUUUGGGUGAAUUUGAGCACAUUGAAAGGCAAGCUGAUGUAACGUCACACGGUCAGGAGGGGGCCGUAAUGUUGCUGUUCUAAAGGAAAGGCGGAAGAAGAAGCGGAAACAGUAGAGAAGAAGAAGAAAGGGGAGGAAAACAAAUUAGAUGCAAGACCAGCCCAGAUAGUUUGUGAUGAGGAAUCUUGUUUUAUUUUCUAAACAGUGUUCACGGUUUACCGUAAUAUCGUAGCUAAUAAAGAGUGGUUCUAUUACGCACUUCCUCUUAUUGACGAUAACAAAACUAUAUGUGUGUGCAUUCCUAGUGGAUAGAUCUGCUGACACAGCAAACCUGCGAUGAGCUGAAAACAACCGGGAAGGAUUCUUUCACCAUCAGUGUCGUCAGGUGAUGCGAGUUGGCAGGACCCAGCUGAGUGUGUGAGAUAUGAUGGAGGAUGACUACAAGCCUCUGCUGAGCUCUGGGCCAACAGGAGAGAGCUUCUCGCACAGAGGCUCCACAGACUCUUUGGACAACAGGGCUAAAAGGCCUUUUCACGUGGAACCCAGGAAUAUUGUAGAUGAUGACCCGCAAGAGAGGGUGUCAGCUGAGGCUGCUAUCCUCAACAGUAGAGUGCAUUACUACAGCAAACUCACAGGCUCUUCUGACAGGCUGCUGAGUCCACCUAACCAUGUGAUCCCUCGUGCAGAGGAAAUUUACAUUUACAGCCCUCUGGGGUCAGCUUUUAAGGUGACAGGCAGUGACCAGUUGACUAAAAACCCCAGUAUCAUCACCAUAUUUGCAAUAUGGAAUACAAUGAUGGGCACGUCCAUACUCAGCAUACCUUGGGGUAUAAAGCAGGCUGGUUUCACUCUGGGGAUCCUCAUCCUUAUCUUCACAGGCUUGCUGAUGCUCUACUGUUGUUACAUCGUACUCAAAUCACCAAAGGCAAUCCCUUAUGUGGACACAUCUGACUGGGAAUUUCCUGAUGUUUGUCGGUACUACUUUGGCAAGUUUGGCCAGUGGUCUAGCUUGGUCUUCUCAAUGGUGUCUCUUAUUGGAGCCAUGGUGGUUUAUUGGGUCCUCAUGUCCAACUUCCUCUACAACACCGGGCAGUUUAUUUACAACUAUGCUCAUCAUGUUAACAUGUCACAUCCCGAGUUUGGAACAAAUGGCACAGAUAGAGUCAUUUGCCCAUACCCAAACACCGACUCUGAAGGGAACAAGAGCAUCAGCACUCUUUACCCCAUUGCGGCUGGCAAUCAUACCACUGAUGUUGACUCCUUUGAACAUUGGUGGAGCAAAACCAACACCAUACCGCUCUAUCUCAUCAUCCUACUGCUGCCACUGCUUUGUUUCCGGUCAGCCUCCUUCUUUGCAAGGUUUACGUUCUUGGGCACCAUAUCCGUCAUCUACCUGCUGGUUCUGGUCACCAUCAAAGCUGUCCGCCUUGGCUUUCAUCUAGACUUCAGCUGGUUUGAAGCAAACAAGUACUAUGUUCCAGAGUUCCGGCUGCUCUUCCCUCAGUUGACAGGUGUCCUGACGCUGGCGUUUUUCAUUCACAACUGUAUCAUCACCCUAAUGAAGAACAACAAGCACCAAGAGAACAAUGUACGGGACCUGUCUGUGGCUUAUCUCCUGGUAGGGCUGACCUAUCUUUAUGUAGGAGUGUUGAUCUUCGCCGCCUUUCCAGCGCCUCCUCUUGACAAAGACUGCAUCGAACCAAACUUCUUAGAUAAUUUCCCCAGUGAUGAUGUGAUGGUAUUUGUGGCUCGGACCUUCCUGUUGUUCCAAAUGAUCACGGUCUACCCCUUACUGGGAUACUUGGUACGAGUCCAAAUGAUGGGCCAGAUCUUUGGCAAUCAUUACCCAAGUUUCUUCCAUGUCCUGGCCCUGAACAGCAUGAUUGUUGGAGCUGGUGUCCUGAUGGCAAAGUUUUAUCCCAAUAUUGGAUCCAUUAUUCGGUUUUCAGGAGCAACGUGCGGCUUGGCUUUAGUUUUUGUCUUUCCCUCAUUGGUCCACAUGAUCUCCCUGAGAAGACAGGGCACCCUCCGCUGGCCAUCAGCGCUUUUCCACAGUUUUCUGAUCUUGUUGGGUUUGGCCAACAUGGUGGCUCAGUUCUUCAUGUAGUCAGAGAUUUUUGGUGGAUGGGGGGGGUUUAUAAGUCAGAACCCUCGUGUACCAUGGGAAUAAUCAAUUACAACAUCCAGCAGGAAUCCAAUGACUUCAUUCUGUUAUCUUCUGUCCGUUUCUGUCUUCUAGCCAACAAGAUUUUGGUGAUGUGAAAUGUGACUUGGAGGUAACUUAAGAUGUUUGAUUAUUCCUGCCCAAACUAGUCUAAGGGAGUCAGUGUUCUAUGGGCAUCCUCUGGGAGGCUGGAUGGGGCAUAGGGGAUGUAUAAGGGAUUAUUAGUAAAUAAGGGAUUUCUAUUCAGUAUUUCAUAGAUUUCUUUUCCAUUUCCACUCUCCUUUGUAGAAGUUGCUCUCACUGAUGACAGGGAAUUUUUUUUACUAACUUUGUGAUUAUGUGACCUGUUUGGACUCUUUGGGGAAAAAUAUGUUUUUGAACAAACUUUGUCAGAAUCUUUUAUUCUUAGAAAUAUUGCAUAUGCACUUGAUGCUAACUAUUGCUCUUUAAUUCACAAACAGACAAAAUAAAUGUGACUGACAAUAAAUCUUAUCAGAUUCU